AACAUGACAGGCAAGAUGGAACUUCUCGACUGUCCACUCUGCGACUUCACGGUCCUGCCGACCGAUGAUUAUAUUCUUCAAUUGCAUUUUGAGCAAGUGCACACAGAAGACAGCCCUUUCAUCAUCAAGGAUGACCCAGAGCCCCUACCUCCUUCGCUUGGUUCCUCGUCCAAACGCAAGCACGUGCAGGACACGACUUCCUCAGACGAGGAAGAAAACACAGUCGCGUGCCCUGAGUCUGAUUGCGGUGAGGUGGUCUUGCUUGACGACUUCAACGAUCACCUUGAUCUCCACGCCGCAGAAACAUUAUCAUUUGACGAGACCACUGGAAAGUAUCACUCUCAUCAUUCAUCCAGCAAUAUGCAUAAGUCAGCCACUACACACCAUUCACACAGGCGCUCGUCGAAAGCUGCCACCUCGGAUUCCCGAUACGACACAGAUUCAUUAGACGGCUCGAAGAGCGACAGUCAUGGCAAGUCCAAGAAGAAACACCAGCGCGAAAGGAGGGACACAAACAGCAGCGAAAAAAGCACGCUGACCAGGACUAUCUUGAGUUUCAACCCGUUCAUGAAGCUGGAUAAGUCGGUGAAGCCGCCCAACAAGAGUGCUCGUCUUGGUAAAUCAGAACUCGGCCCCUAUGCCUGGGAAGACCGCAUGCCUAGGUGGCUCCACGACCAACUUGCGGCUGGUCCUAAGAUUACUGUCGUCAACCGCAUUGGCCGCGACGGUCGCCUCAUCAAGCAGGAACAAGUGCAAAACGAGACGCCGGGGGUCAUCCCUAUCCUUGCGCAACUGUCAGCCUUGGACCGCACCGUCAAAGAAGCAUACUACUGUCACCCGUCCACACUACAUGUUGGCAAGACUCCCAAGGAGGGUAGCUUCUGCGGAUACAGGAACAUCCAGAUGCUCAUAUCUUACAUUCAAGGCGCGAAAGCACAGGGCCAUGAAGAGUUCUCUGGUCGCCUACCUGGAAUUCUCAAACUACAAGAGCUGAUCGAGAGAGCCUGGGACAAAGGCAUCAAUCAUAUCGGCAGAAUUCAGACAGGCGGUAUUGAGGAUACCAGAAAGUACAUCGGUACCCCAGAAGCACAAGCUCUGUUCCUCAGCACCGAGAUCAACUGCGCUGUCGAGAUGUUCAGCGAUCAAGACACACCACACGGAAAGAUCCAGGCCCACGAUCUACUCCUUCUCGCCGUCGAACGCUAUUUCGCCCAAGCUGCGGUCAGCGAUGGCUCUAGUGUACACAAGACUCUUUUGCCACCUAUCUAUCUCCAGCGACCUGGUCAUUCGAUCACUAUCGUCGGUUUCGAACGUCGCAGUGACAGCUAUUGCAACCUCGUAGUGCUCGAUCCUGUCUAUGCAACAAGUCCAGCCAUGCAUAAGUUAAUUGGCCGGAAGAACAUCAAAAGCGCAAGGCCUGAGGUCAUGCAUGCCUAUCGAAGAGGCCCUGCACAUCUCAGGAAGUUUGCUGCAUUUGAGAUCCUCAUGCUCACCGCGACACCGCCUCUAUUCCCCGCUUGGGAUGUACUUCGUCAAUUUCCCGAUUGCAGCUACGUGUACGCCUUUUUUCGUGCUCGCACGCUUGGCUACGACGUCUAUCCAGAGGACUACUUUCUCCGCAACUUUCCAUGGCAACAGUAUGGCGGUCUCUGGAUCGUCAACGAAGCUCGCUUCGCUCGAGCUGAACCGAUCAACGCACUUACUGCUCAAGCUCUGCGACGAAUCACCGGUGUGGGGGCAUCAUCCCAAUCUAGCGACAGCAGCAGUCCAACUAGCUACUUCACCAACAGCUCGUUUGGACAUCACCCUAUCACGCCAGCAGACCCACAAAGCAACACUUGGAGCCAAUAUCCUGCAAUCCCGGCGUUUGAUGGUUCCGUCAGUGGUAUACUCACCGCAUCUGAAUACGGAAACAAUCAACCUGUGUUCAACAUGGGCGGUUUGAACGCUGCACUACCCCAAACGGAAAUGCUACGACCAAACUUGACCCUGUUGACGGAUGUGGGCCGGAGGUAUCCUGGUUUUCCGAGCCCACUGUCUCCGACCUUGAGCGCAAAGGAGUUGUAUCCGACGCCAACAACAGACUCCGGAAGCAGGGCUGCUACGCCUCGUGUGCAUAGCCCUACGGUCCGUUCUGUCAGCCCCAUGAGCAUUGAUGGCUCCAACAUGUGCGGCCCUUCGGCACGUUGCAUAUCUCACAGUUACGAGCAUUUCGCUGGCCAGAUGGGCAACAUCGACAGCAUCCUCGCUCGGAGCAACAGCAGAUGCCAGAUUCGAUCACCUUCGCGUGCUCCGUCGACAUCUUCUCUCAGACCUACAAGCCCCACAAGCCCGCAGCGAGCCUUGUCGCCUCGCGCAAGCAUGCUCCGAAGUAUGGCUACCAAGCAGGCUCUACGUGACAUGCACGGUCCCUCUGUGCGCUCUUUAUCCCCACGACCUGUUCAACCUCAAGCUGCACCGCCAGUACUUCCAUCUAUACAGAUCGCCAACGGUACAGAGGUCGAGACCGGAUCGCCCAUCUCUCCUACCGGUACUAUGCUCUCAUACACGUCCAACCGCGCAGUCGAUUCCGGACUCUUGGCUGUCCCAGCUCUCAGCGAGCCCCAGGUGGCGGAGUAUCGCUUUUGGGUCCCUUGUGGACGACGUGUCUGCGCGUUUGGGUGUGGAGGUGCGCAUGAGGGCGAGAACACUGCGGCGAAGAAGCUGUUCAGAGAGGAAGAG